CUUCUCAAUCGGCCAUUUCGUCUGAGCAAGGCCAUCAGCCAGCUAGGGCAGCGGGGAAUCUGUGUGAUACUGGUAACCUGAAAGGCACAUUAAAAACAUCGCAACAUGAGUGAAACAGCUAUCUCAUUCGCCAAGGACUUCUUGGCUGGCGGCAUCUCCGCAGCCAUUUCCAAAACAGCCGUCGCCCCAAUCGAGAGAGUGAAGCUUCUCCUUCAGGUCCAGCAUGCCAGCAAACAGAUUGCUGUCGACCAGCAGUAUAAAGGCAUCGUUGACUGCGUUGUCCGCAUCCCCAAGGAGCAGGGCUUCCUUUCCUUCUGGAGAGGCAACCUUGCCAAUGUCAUCAGAUAUUUCCCCACCCAGGCCCUCAACUUUGCCUUUAAAGACAAGUACAAGAAGAUCUUCCUCGAUGGCGUCGACAAGCGCACGCAGUUUUGGAGGUACUUCGCUGGUAACCUUGCCUCCGGAGGUGCUGCUGGAGCCACCUCCCUCUGCUUUGUGUACCCCCUCGACUUUGCCCGUACCCGUCUGGCAGCAGAUGUGGGAAAAGCAGGAGCCGAGAGAGAAUUCAAGGGCCUGGGUGACUGUCUGGUUAAGAUCUCAAAAUUAGAUGGUGUUAAGGGCUUGUACCAGGGCUUUAACGUGUCUGUGCAGGGCAUCAUCAUCUACAGGGCUGCAUACUUUGGCAUCUAUGACACAGCAAAGGGUAUGCUUCCAGAUCCUAAGAAUACCCAUAUAUUGGUGAGCUGGAUGAUCGCACAGACUGUAACGGCUGUCGCUGGCCUGACUUCAUAUCCAUUCGAUACUGUUCGUAGACGUAUGAUGAUGCAGUCUGGACGCAAAGGAGCUGACAUCAUGUACAGUGGUACCAUCGACUGCUGGCGCAAGAUUUUGCGCGAUGAGGGUGGAAAAGCUUUCUUCAAGGGAGCCUGGUCCAACGUGCUCAGAGGCAUGGGUGGCGCCUUCGUGCUGGUGUUGUACGAUGAGCUGAAGAAAGUCAUCUAAAUCUUCAUGUUGUCACGUCACUGUCCAAUUUGGCUAAAUGUAUUAACUUACCAUUUCUAUGGACAUUGCAUUCUGCCUUAUUUAUGGGAACAACUAGCAUCUCACGAAGUAGCUGUGAGAGGUGGCUGUAUGUUGUGCAUCUUUGAUUUUAAAAUGUUCCGCACCCACUUUACCAAUGUCAUUCCAGAUAUAAAAAGAAAAAUAUGAAUACCUACUUGUGUCAUUCACUAGGUUUGUAUGGUCCCAACUUGAAUAAAUCUAUCCUGGGGAACAACCUUUAAGAUUGAUGUUAACUGUCCCCUUCACUGUCAUAGCAUGAGAUGAACACUCACAGGAUAAUGAAAGGCACAGAGUGGAUUACAACCAAUUGCUAUAUAUACUUGCGCUUAUCUCUCUUGAGCCUCCAGAGUAGAACACCAGCGCUUGUUCUCCUUUGCAUAGCACAGACUUCUUUGAACCUUUUAAGAUGUUGGAUAAUUUUUUUCCCAAUUAAAGCACCUAUUUCAUAGGAAUACAUACAUUUUAGUUUAAAUGCUCUUUUAAAACCCUACCUUCAAUCUACAGUAUUAAGGGGCGCAUUUCCUCCUUUAAAUCUUCAAAGGUCUUAAUUUGAAAACAGCUUUCAUGUUUACACAGUGGUGGGUAGUAAGUUGCUAAUGUUUUUUUUUCCAGGGUUAAAUUAAAGCCCUCUUCAUUCUACAGGGAAGUAAAAGCUUAUGGGUUUUGUUAAAUGCAUUUCAAAUUUAAGCAUAAGGCAUUAUUGGCAGGUUAUGGUUAAACAUGGAAAGAUGGUUGGUUGUAGUUUAGCCUGAUGGGCAGCAGGUGGCGCCAGUGGUAAGGGGGGGGGGAAACUUCUGUUGAAGCUCAGACAGGCUUACAAACAGCAUUUUAAGUUUUUCAUAUUUUGAAGGGGGUAACGCUGUAAAAUGAAAAAUUGCAGGAAAGUUAUGUCUUGCGCACCCAUCAAAUGACCGCAUGCUUCUCAGGAUGGUUGAAAGUUUAAUGGUUGGCAGAACUGCUAAUAUAGACAAAACAGAACCAUUUACGUUUGUGAUGUAAAUAAAAUUAUCUUAAAUCCUU